UCUAUCUACCAAACAUUCAUUAGGAAGCGUAGUGUUGAAAUCGCAGGAGGAACAAAAUCAUUUUAUUUAAAAAAAAAAAAUCAAAAAUCAAAAUCAUGAAUCCAUUUCUCCCAAAGUCAAAAUCGGAUCUUCUUUUAUGGCAGGUGCUUGUUUUCAUAAUCUCGGUUCUCGGUGGUCCGUGUAGUGGUAGUAGCCUGGAGAUCAACGGCGGUGAUGGAGUGGCUGCGCCGAGAGAGUUUGAUUACUUCAAAUUAGCACUUCAGUGGCCUGGUACUGUUUGUCCGAGAAGCCGCCAUUGUUGCUCCUCCAAUGCGUGUUGCCGAGGCUCAAAUGCCCCAACUGAAUUUACAAUCCAUGGACUAUGGCCUGAUUACAAUGAUGGAACAUGGCCUGCUUGCUGUACCCGAUCAUCUUUUGACAGAAAAGAGAUCUCGACAUUGCUUGAUCCUUUGGAGAAGUAUUGGCCAUCUCUAAGUUGUGGUUCACCAUCAAAAUGUUAUGGUGGAAAAGGAUCAUUUUGGGGUCAUGAGUGGGAAAAGCAUGGGACUUGUUCCUCUCCAGUGGUUCGAGAUGAGUACAAUUAUUUUUUGACAACCCUCAAUGUCUAUUUUAAAUAUAAUGUCACGAGAGUUCUGAAUGAAGCUGGUUAUGUACCUUCUAAUUCUGAGAAAUAUCCCCUUGGAGGUAUUGUUUCUGCAAUUGAGAAUGCUUUCCACGCAACCCCAUCACUGGCUUGUUCAAAUGGUGCUGUGAAGGAACUUUAUUUAUGCUUCAAUAAGGACUUCAAGCCUCGGGAUUGUGCAGUUAGAUCUAGUCUUCAAAGUGAGAUUUUUUCUCAAAGUUCUUGUCCCACAUAUGUCAGCUUGCCAGCACAUGUGUCAUUGGGACUUGAAGACGACAGAACCACAGUUGCAUGGUUACCUGACAAUGAAAUUCUCUAAGACAUUGGUGGGUUUCAGUUUUACAUGUUGAAAACCACUUCAUGGUUUUCAUGACAAUGAAGCUCUCAACAAUCAAUCUUGCUGGGUUGUAUGGGGGUGUGUAAAUUGCUUAAUUGAAUUUGUAAGCAAAAACUGUGGAACAUUAACAUGCAUUUGUAAAAUCUAAGAUAAAAUAUUUUGCUUCUGAAUUAAAAUGUUGUUCUACUUCUACUUCUACUAA